AUGGUAGUCACUGCGCGAACACGCAAUAAUAUUACGUCCUCAGAGGAACUGUUAGUGCUGCUGCUAGAUAGCGGCGCACAACACAGCUUCAUAAAAGAGGCUACUGCGUCGAGACUGGGACUUCCGUUUGAAGAUUCUCAGCCACUCACUACGCGAAGCUUCGGAGGUCAUCUGACAACUGAAGUUUCAUCUCGUGUUUCUCUAGUCUUACGAGACCAUGCGGGUAUACCUGUUAAACUCGCGGUGAGAACUCGUAAGAUUACUACGUCAAUUCAUGCCGGAACUCAUAUCUCUCAAGAUACGAUCCGGUUAUUACGUUCCUCGUGCAACCAUAGCGAUCUCGUCACCGAUGGAGAUAUCGACAUAGAUGUCCUCAUUGGGAUGGAUCACUAUUGGAGAAUCGUCGACACGACGAGAGCACGAAGAUUACCGUCAGGACUCAUGAUCGUGUACACACGAUUUGGACCAGUAGUAUCCGGUUCGAAACAUUCCAGUUCUGCACAUGUCUCAACAAUUUUUCCAUAUCUUACCACCUCAGAGACAGAAGCAGUCCAGGAACGUUCCGAUCCAGAUAUUACCCAACUCUGGGAUCUCGAAUUUAUCGGGAUCACAGACAGCAUGAGCCCACGUCAAGACGACCAGGUUAACGCCGAAGUCGUCCAACGCUAUUACGAUACCGUUCAG